AAAAGAUAGACUCUCUCGCGAUCUAUCUCAAACAAACAUACACAAACAUGGCCGAUUCCGCUUCUGGGUCAGGGUGUAGCUGUUUUCGGCUUUUUGACUUCAGACAGAAGCAAAGCAACGACAAUGAAAGCAAACAUCUUUUACAGCAAAAAGCAGAACACAGUAUGCAGGUUACAGGAGUAUUGGCCGGGCUGAAGUGGAAUACUUUUAUGAAAAAGUUCAGCCGAUUCGGUAUUAACAAGAACAAGAAAGAGAAGAACAGGUUUCAGUAUGAUCCGCGGAGUUACGCGCUUAAUUUUGAUGACCGUUUUGAUAACGACGAAGACGCUUCGGUUAUUAGUUUUACGUCGAGGUUUGCUGCUCCUAUGCGUGAUCAUGAAGAACAGCGGAGAACCGAGUCAGGACAGUGAGAUAGAUUUUGUAUGGAAAAUUAUACGAAUUCUUUCUGGGUAUCUGGGAUGGUUCCUUGUUCAUUACAACAAUGAAAGCACAUUCUUUUGCCCCAAAAAUAGAACACAGAGAGACAUGGUGGCUGAAUAUACUGAAUCAGUUUACAGAAGUUUCGGCUGGCCGGCGCAAGUGGAGGACUUUUGUGAGAAAAAGGUCAGCGGAUUUGUAUCAGUGGUUUUGAUAGUGAGGAAGAUGCUUUGGUUGUUGAUUUUACGGCAUUGAGAUUUAUAUCUGAUACAAUUCCUUGUUUAUAAUGAUAUUUC